ACUGCUUUGCCGGGAAAACAGUCAGUAAAUAUGGCGGACCUUGUUAAUAGACAGAGAACUGAUAUCUUAGUCAAUGAUAAGUACAGACUUAUGCGGAAAAUUGGUUCGGGGUCAUUUGGAGAUAUAUACCUGGGGGUCAAUCAACUGACGGGUGAGGAAGUUGCAGUCAAGAUGGAAAAUAUAUAUGCUAAACAUCCACAACUUCAGUUCGAACACAAGGUUUAUCGACUCCUUGCAGGUGCAAUUGGUAUACCUCAGGCGAGAUGGUACGGCACUUGCCGAACAUACUGGGUCCUGGUAAUGGACCUUCUAGGUCCGAGUUUAGAAGACUUAUUCACCUUUUGUUGCCGGCGGUUCACACUGAAAACUGUGUUAAUGCUUGCUGACCAGAUGCUUGCUCGGAUUGAAAAUGUUCAUAAUAAAAGUUUAAUUCAUCGAGAUAUUAAACCUGACAACUUCCUCAUGGGAAUCGGACGUCAUUGCAACAAAGUCUAUAUGAUUGAUUUUGGCCUGGCUAAACGCUACAGAGAUGUGCGUACAGGACGACACAUCAGUUAUAGAGAAGACAAAAACCUUACCGGAACAGCAAGAUAUGCCAGUAUUAAUGCACAUCUGGGCAUAGAACAAUCUCGUCGAGAUGAUCUGGAGUCUCUAGGCUACGUUUUGAUGUAUUUUAAUCGUGGGUCUUUGCCUUGGCAAGGUUUACGGGCGACCACGAAACGUCAAAAAUAUGAAAGAAUUAGCGAGAAAAAAAUGUCAACACCUGUUGAAGUGUUAUGCAAAGGUUAUCCUGCCGAAUUUCAGAUGUAUCUGAAUUACUGUAGAGGGUUGCGAUUCGAUGAAACACCUGAUUAUAUGUAUCUUCGCCAGUUAUUCCGUAUUUUAUUUAGAACAAUGAGCCAUCAGUUCGAUUACGUUUUCGAUUGGACCAUACUUAAACAAAGAGGUCCUGCUGGUACUUCAUCUACACUUAAUGAGGACACUAGUAACCGUUUACAAGCUCUUCCAAAUUCUCCUGGUACAAGUGCUGCCCCCGAAGGUGAAGCUAAUGUAGAACACUCUGGCAACGCCACAGCUGGAAGCACUCAGGUUCCUUUUGGCAGAACAGGAUAGAUUUCAGCGUUAUUACUCUUGCUUUAGUUAAGUCGAACACUUCUUAUAUACAUCAACCUUUACUAAUGUUGAGCGGCCAAUUUUAAUCUUUGACUCAAACCUAACAUUUUAGGGUGUUUGGACAUUAAUUCUUUCUAACCGUUCAUGUCUUUCUACUUAUUUACUUAAUUCUGAAAACAAUGUAUCAAAUAUUUAUGCUCACAGUGAUUGUUGAGAUAACUUUGAAUUUCUUGUGGUUAUGUUUGUUAUGUGCUCGAUAAUGCGAAACAAAUUUCUCCGUAUUAAAUUUUAGGUUUUAUUGUAGCACUGUACAUAUAAGACAUGUCUUGAAUUAAUUGCUUUAUUGUUCACGUAUAUAUAGUUUUAUACUUUCUGCAAGGAUUUGAGAGAUACAUGUUGUCUGGUUGUUAGUGGGUUAUCUGAUUGCAUACUUUUUUCGACAAUCAUUUUUGGUCAUUUUAAAAUCAGGGCUCAUUAGAGUUGUCAAUGCAGCAAAGUAGCUGUUUUUAUUGAUUAUUGCUACCAAGGUUUCAGCAUAUGUUAAUUUGUUAUCGGCUGUAUGCUAUUUGUGAACUUCGUGCAGAUCAUUUCACAUAUUUGAUGGCUUCUCCAAUCUUUGCCGUCUGUAACACAAUAUUUGUAAAAUAUAAACUUUCAGUUUUUACU